AUGGCCUACUCCAGGCAUCUGGUCCUCCUCCUCACCGUCUUGCUGAGCCUGGCAGAAACACCAGAAUCUGCGCCUGUUCACAGAGGACGAGGAGGCUGGACCCUCAAUAGUGCUGGUUACCUUCUGGGUCCUGUCCUUCACCUUUCCUCAAAGGCAGACCAGGGCAGGAAGAGGGACUCAGCUCUUGAGAUCCUAGACCUGUGGAAGGCCAUUGAUGGACUCCCUUAUUCCCACGCUCCAAGCAAGACCAAAAGGACAGUGGUUGAAACAUUUUUCAAACCAAAGAUUAGAGAUCUGCAGGACAAGAAUGUUCCCAGGAAAGAAGCCACCCUGAAGUUAUAGAGACUUAGUCACAGUGUUUCACUCCUCAUUCUUUUCUAGCUCAUUCUCACCCCCUAUCCCCUGCCUAUGAAGUUCUCUCAACACCUUUUGCUGAGACUAAGACAAUUAUAUCCCUAAAG